AUGAAACACCCAGUGAACGUGAACAUUUCAAGGAUGUGUCGUUGCAAAGAACGAUCGAAGAUUGUAACAUCUAGCCAGAAACAACAAGUAGUUAUGACUCAACGAUUUCUACUGCAUCUUGUGAAACAAUGUUGCUCCCGUCAAUGGUACAUGCCAAUUCGUACUUAUGCCGUUAAACGCGAAUCGAAACAUUAUCCAUUGGAGAAAAUUCGAAAUAUUGGAAUAUCAGCUCAUAUUGAUUCAGGAAAAACAACAUUAUCUGAACGAGUUCUAUUCUAUAGUGGACGUAUACAAGAAAUGCAUGAAGUGAAAGGAAAAGAUGCUGUUGGAGCAACAAUGGAUUCAAUGGAACUUGAACGUGAACGUGGUAUAACAAUUCAGUCGGCUGCUACCUAUGUAGAAUGGAAAGGAUAUAAUAUUAAUAUUAUUGAUACACCAGGUCAUGUUGAUUUUACAAUUGAAGUCGAACGUGCAUUACGUGUAUUAGAUGGAGCGGUGUUAGUCGUAUGCGGUGUCAGUGGUGUUCAAAGUCAAACAAUGACCGUGAAUAGACAAUUAAAUCGUUAUAAAGUACCAUUUCUGACAUUUGUUAAUAAACUUGAUAGAAUGAAUGCAAAUCCAUAUCGAGCAACAACACAAUUACGAUCAAAACUUAAUCAUAAUGCUGCACUGGUUCAAAUACCAAUAGGUUUAGAAAGCAAUUUCAAAGGUAUCAUCGAUCUUAUUGAACGAAAAGCAUAUUAUUUUCAUGGACCUCAUGGAGACGAAAUAGUCAGCGAGAAUAUACCAGAUGAAUAUGUUAAAGAAACAGAAGAAAAACGACGUGAUCUAAUAGAGUCUAUAUCAGGUGUAGACGAUUUACUAGGUGAAAUGUUUUUAAAUGAAGAACAACCAAAUGAAGAACAAAUUCAUAGCGCCAUACGACGGUGUGUAAUUAAACGUACAUUUAAUCCCGUAUUUGUUGGUUCAGCAUUAAAAAAUAAAGGCGUUCAGUUAUUAUUAGAUCGUGUUAAUCUUUAUUUACCAAAUCCAGCUGAAGUAGAAAAUGUAGCACUUGAUGAAUUUGGAAAACAGAAGAAAAAAAUUGUAUUAGAUCCAGCCCGAACAUUUAAUAAUCCAUUUGUUGGUUUUGCAUUUAAAUUAGAGAUUGGUGGUCGUGGUGGAGCUGCAGGUCAAUUGACGUACGUACGUGUUUAUCAAGGUGGUGUGAAGCGAGGUGAUACUGUUUAUAAUAUACGUACACAGAAACGGACACGUGUUUCGAAGUUGGUUCGAAUGCAUUCAAAUAAAAUUGAAGAAGUGGAUGAGACAUACGCUGGUGAUAUAUGUGCAAUUAUUGGAUUAGAAUGUGCUACAGGAGAUACCUUUGUUACUGAAAAAGCAUAUCAGAUCACUAUGGAAUCAAUCUUUGUUCCAGAUCCCGUUAUAUCAAUGUCAAUACGUUGUUCAUCAACAAAUGAUGCUGAACAAUUUGCUAAAGCCCUUGGUAGAUUUACUCGUGAAGAUCCAACAUUUCGUCUUGUUUAUGAUGAAGAUAAUAAGGAAUCUGUUGCUAUGGGAAUGGGUGAAUUACAUCUUGAUAUUUAUGCUCAGCGUAUUCAACGAGAAUAUGGAGUCAAAGUCAUUAUGGGAAAACCAAAAGUGUCAUUUCGUGAAACAUUAGUUCAACCAAUAAAAUUUGAUUAUUUGCAUAAAAAACAGACGGGUGGUGCAGGUCAAUAUGGUCGUGUUAUUGGCAUUUUAGAACCAUUGAGUCCUGAUAAAUUUGCGACAAUCGAGUUUUCUGAUGAGACAUCGGGUACUAAUGUACCUUCUCAAUUUAUUCCAGCAAUAAAGAAGGGUUUAGCUCGUGCUUAUGAAAAAGGUUCAUUAAGUGGAAAUAAAAUUAGUGGAGUUAAAUUUCGUUUACAAGACGGUGAUCAUCAUAUUGUUGAUUCAACCGAAAUAGCAUUUAUGAACACAGCAGAACUUGCCAUCCGACAAACACAAGAUUGGGGACAAUGGCAAAUAAUUGAACCGGUUAUGCUUGUUGAAGUAAAUACUCCUACUGAAUUUCAAACUGGUGUCCAGGGUAUGCUUUCAAGACGUUUUGGUAUAGUUAGUUCAGUUGAACCACGUGAAGAAUGGGUCACAAUAAUAUGUGAGAUUGCUUUAAAUGAUAUGUUCGGUUUUUCAACUGAACUUCGUUCAAUGACUCAAGGUAAAGGUGAAUUUGCAAUGGAAUAUAUUCGAUAUUGUCCAGUGAGACCGGAUGUAACGCAAGUACUCGUACAAAAGUAUCAAGAUAGUUUAGAACAACCGAUGCAACAUCGAAAGAAAAAUAAUUAG